UUCGAAAAUUACGAAUACGAAUAACACAAAUACCUAACAAGAGACUAGAGACAAGAGAGAGGAGACAAGCAAAUAGAUACCAAUUCAAUCCAUAUCUACUACGACUACGACUACGACUACGGCUACGACUACCUAAGUUGCCUACUGCUGCACCAUCAAAAAUUCACAAUGGACCCUACUAAGAUUUUGUCUUUACUCGAACAACUUGAUGAUGAUAUUGAUGAUAUAGAAGAUGCUGUUGCUCCGUUCAUUCAAAAAACCAUUCCCGAAUUCGCAAGCAAAUUACCCUUGCUAGACAAGGCAAAACUUUACACUCUCGUCACAUACGCUAUUGAAUCCAUAUUAUUCUGUAGGCUUCCCCAUCCACGCAUGUCUGUCGCAUCCUGUACUUUUAUACUAAUUCAUCCCAUCAGCAUACCUACGACUUAAUGGUGUCAACGCUCGCGAACAUCCCGUUUUCACCGAGCUUACGCGGAUGAAGCAAUAUUUUGAGAAGAUAAAACUUACCGAGAAUCCUCCCGCCGCAGUCGCAUCAGAGAGAAAUCUUAGAUUAGAUAAAGGCGCCGCUGGAAGAUUCAUCAAGGCAGGACUAGUAAGCCCGUCUUAUUCCUCUUCAACUAGAUGGCUUAGGAAUAUAUACUAACUAUGCCUACCUUACAGAGUGGAAAUGAUAAGUAUGAUUUGCAAAGAGCGGAGCAAAUGGCGAAGGAGAGGGCCAAGUCUCAUAUCAGAUUCGAAGAGAUAUCAAAGAAGAGGAAAGGAGAUGGAGAAACAACAGCACCCAAUAGUGCAAAAUUAAAAACUUCAGAUGAAUCCGAUGACUCCAAUUCAUCAUCUGAUUCUUCUGAUGAGUCUGCACCAGUAGCACACAAGAGCAAAAAGUCAAAGACCGCGAAAGCGGCAGCCUCAGCGGAGUCGAUGGAGGAUAGCUCUUCCACUCCCAACUCCAAAUCCAAAAAGUCUAAGCGAAGAGCUCAGGAGAAGAAAUCAAAGAGCAAGCCAAAGAAAGUCAAGACCAAGGGCAAGAAGUGAAACUAUCUGAUAAUCGGGGUAUAAAUAUGAGAUUAACUGGUUGUACGCAUAUUUGGACGAGGGCGUUCAGGAUUUAGCUUAGGGAUGAUACCAUGAUUUUCACGGCAGAGCAGGACAACUUUAGAGUCUGAGUUCCUGAACAAUAAUUAUUUAGACAUAAAAAGAAAGAAGUAAUAAAAGCUAUUUUUUC